AUGUCACGCAAAGGCGUUGGACUUGCGGCUUUUGACCGUUCCAGAAUCACAUCUGCUCAAUAUGCAAACCAUGGCAGUAACCUACGAAGCUCACAUUCAACGUCCCUCGCAACUCAACUCUCCGUCUUCCGUUCUCUUCUUCAACAGUUUGCUCAAACGCAUGCAAAAGAUAUUCGUUCAAACCCUAGCUUCAGGGCUGAGUUUGCACGCAUGUGUUCAGCCAUUGGUGUAGACCCUUUGGCAAGCAGCAGUGGUGGAGGAGGCAAAGAUGGAGGUGGAAGCUUUUGGGCCCAGAUGCUGGGUGGCAGUGUGAAUGACUUUUACUUUGAAUUGGCUGUAAAGGUCGUGGAAGUCUGUAGUGCUACCAGACAGGAGAAUGGUGGGCUCAUUGGAGUUAAAGAGGUGCAAGAUAGGAUCAUGAGCACGAGGAUGGAGGGGUCUACAGAAAUUACAGAGGAUGACAUUUUGCGAGCCGUCAAUACACUCAAGCCACUUGGAUCAUCCUACUCUACUUUGACAGUGGGUCAUAAGCUUUACAUCCGCUCUGUACCCAAAGAGCUCAACACGGAUCAAAGCGCCGUACUUGAAGCUGCUCAAGUUCUUGGCUAUGUUAGCGUUUCUAUGCUGAUGCUUAAUCUGAAUUGGCCAAGAGCACGAGCAAAAACAGCUAUCGAUGACCUCGUGUCUGAAAGUAUGCUUUGGGUUGACAUGCAAGCCGGCGCAGAAUACGAGUACUGGAGUCCGGGGUUUAUGCUGGAGGCCGAGUAG